CGCCCAUUACAAAACCCCAGCCACCGAGAGCUCUCCCGCUCCACUCGCCGCACACCACCACCCUCACCCCUCCCCCCAUCCGCGUGAUCUCCCGAGCAGCUAGAGCGCGCGCCCGCGGCGCCUGUACUGCGAGACCGCUUCGCUCGCUUCCGGUCGGUGAAGAGGCGGUCGGUCGCAGCUGAAGUAGUUGUUGCAGAGAUGAUGAUGAUGAGCGGUCGCCCGAGCGGCGGCGCCGGCGGAGGUCGGUACCCGUUCACGGCGUCGCAGUGGCAGGAGCUGGAGCACCAGGCGCUCAUCUACAAGUACAUGGCGUCCGGGACUCCCAUCCCCUCCGACCUCAUCCUCCCCCUCCGCCGCAGCUUCCUCCUCGACUCCGCCCUCGCCACCUCCCCUUCCCUCGCCUUCCCUCCCCAACCUUCACUGGGGUGGGGUUGCUUUGGCAUGGGGUUUGGGCGGAAGGCGGAGGACCCGGAGCCAGGGCGAUGCCGGCGUACGGACGGCAAGAAGUGGCGGUGCUCCAAGGAGGCGUACCCGGACUCCAAGUACUGCGAGAAGCACAUGCACCGUGGCAAGAACCGUUCAAGAAAGCCUGUGGAAAUGUCCUUGGCCACGCCGCCGCCGCCGUCCUCCUCCGCCACCUCCGCCGCGUCGAACACCUCCGCCGGCGUCGCCCCCACCACCACCACCACCUCCUCCCCGGCGCCCUCCUACAGCCGCCCGGCGCCGCACGACGCGGCGCCGUACCAGGCGCUCUACGGCGGGCCCUACGCCGCGGCCACCGCGCGCACCCCCGCCGCCGCGGCGUACCACGCGCAGGUGAGCCCGUUCCACCUCCAGCUCGACACCACCCACCCGCACCCGCCGCCGUCCUACUACUCCAUGGACCACAAGGAGUACGCGUACGGGCACGCCACCAAGGAGGUGCACGGCGAGCACGCCUUCUUCUCCGAUGGCACCGAGAGGGAGCACCACCACGCCGCCGCCGGGCACGGCCAGUGGCAGUUCAAGCAGCUCGGCAUGGAGCCCAAGCAGAGCACCACGCCUCUCUUCCCGGGCGCCGGCUACGGCCACACCGCGGCGUCGCCGUACGCCAUUGAUCUUUCAAAAGAGGACGACGAUGAGAAAGAGAGGCGGCAACAGCAGCAGCAGCAGCAGCAGCAGCACUGCUUCCUCCUGGGCGCCGACCUCCGUCUGGAGAAGCCGGCGGGCCACGACCACGCGGCGGCGGCGCAGAAACCUCUCCGCCACUUCUUCGACGAGUGGCCGCAUGAGAAGAACAGCAAGGGCUCCUGGAUGGGGCUCGAAGGCGAGACGCAGCUGUCCAUGUCCAUCCCCAUGGCCGCCAACGACCUCCCGAUCACCACCACCUCCCGCUACCACAAUGAUGAUUAAUCUCUUGAAGAAGCCAAGAAGUGAUCAACACGCGGAAGAAAUCAACAGCUUCUUUCACGGCGUGCGAGCUGCAUGCUGAUGCUCCAGGAUCGAUCGAUCGAUCAUUGCAUCUCCAAACUAAUCACGCUUCGAUCUUUCAGGACUUCAUCAAUGACAGGCCGAAACCUCCUACGAGUUCUCUGAUGAUAUUCUUAUUUUUUUCCCACUUCUUUUCGUUGAGCUUUUUGUAAUGUUGCUUCGAGUGUUACUCCUACAUUUUCUCCGAAAUGGCCUCAGAAUGAUGCGGUCGGGCUGAUUAAUUAGGUUAGACUCUUCCUGAACCAACUAGGAAUAGAUUUUCUGCCUGGUUCCUGUCAGUCCUUGUAAUAUCUGCAGCAGCUUGUGAGACAAGCGUGUUCGCUUUUGUGAACGCCCUUUUUCUUCUUUCCGAUUCCUCUGCCUGUGAUAGUACUCGCUCCGAAAAAAAAAAAAAAAGCAAACCGUGGAUUCUUGGGUCAACGUGUCCGUUUUAUAUUGUCCGUUUUA